GGCGGGAGCCCAGGUGCCGCCAGGCGGGACGCGCCCGAGGAUGUGCCGCUGGCCGCUGCUCCUGCUGUGCGGCCUGCUGCCCGGCGCGGCGGCGGGGGGCUCGGGCCGGCCCUUCCCGCACCGCACCCUCCUCGACUCGGAGGGCAAGUACUGGCUGAGCUGGGCCCCGCGGGGCGGCCGGCUAGCCUUCCGCCUCGAGGUGCGCACUGCCGGCUACGUGGGCUUCGGCUUCUCGCCCACCGGGACCAUGGCCGCGGCCGACAUCGUCGUGGGCGGGGUGCUCGGCGGGCGGCCCUACCUCCAGGAUUAUUUUACAAAUGCAAAUAGAGAAUUGAAAAAAGAUGUUCAGCAAGAUUACCACCUAGAAUAUGCCAUGGAAAAUAGUACACACACAAUAAUUGAAUUUACCAGAGAACUGCAUACAUGUGACAUAAAUGACAAGAGUAUAACGGAGAGCACGGUGAGGGUGAUCUGGGCCUACCACCACGAAGAUGUGGGAGAAGCGGGUCCUAAGUACCACGAAUCCAGUCGUGGUACCAAGAGUCUGCGGUUACUGAAUCCUGAGAAAACCAAUGUGUUGUCUACAGCCGUACCAUACUUUGACCUGGUAAAUCAGGACGUCCCCAUCCCAAACAAAGGUACAACAUAUUGGUGCCAAAUGUUUAAGAUUCCUAUGCUCCAGGAAAAGCAUCAUGUAGUAAAGGUUAAGCCCGUGAUACAGAGAGGCCACGAGAGUCUGGUCCAUCACAUCCUGCUCUAUCAGUGCAGCAGCAACUUCAGCGACAGCGUCCUGGACCACGGCCACGAGUGCUACCACCCUAACAUGCCCGAUGCCUUCCUCACGUGCGAGACUGUCAUUUUUGCGUGGGCCAUUGGUGGAGAGGGUUUUUCCUAUCCACCUCAUGUUGGAUUAUCCCUCGGUACUCCGUUAGACCCUCAUUAUGUGCUCCUGGAAGUCCAUUACGACAAUCCAACAUAUAAGGAAGGCUUAUUAGAUAAUUCUGGAUUGAGGUUAUUUCACACGACAGAUAUAAGGAAAUACGACGCUGGGGUGAUUGAGGCUGGCCUCUGGGUAAGCCUCUUCCACACAAUCCCUCCAGGCCUGCCUGAUUUCCGGUCUGAGGGUCACUGCACCCUGGAAUGCCUGGAAGAGGCUUUGGAAGUUGAAAAGCCAAGUGGCAUCCACGUGUUUGCUGUUCUGCUCCACGCUCACCUGGCAGGCAGAGGCAUCAGGCUGCGUCAUUUUCGCAAAGGGGAGGAAAUGAGAUUACUCGCUUAUGAUGAUGAUUUUGACUUCAAUUUCCAGGAGUUUCAGUACCUAAAGGAAGAACGAACAAUCUUACCAGGAGAUAAUCUAAUUACUGAGUGUCGCUACAACACAAAAGAUAGAGCCCGGAUGACUUGGGGAGGAUUAAGCACCAGGAAUGAAAUGUGUCUCUCAUACCUUCUUUAUUACCCACGAAUUAACCUUACUCGAUGUGCAAGUAUCCCAGACAUUAUGGAACAACUUCAGUUCAUUGGUGUUAAGGAGAUCUACAGGCCAGUCACGACCUGGCCUUUCAUUAUUAAAAGCCCCAAGCAGUAUAAAAACCUUUCUUUUAUGGAUGCAAUGAAUAAGUUUAAAUGGACUAAAAAGGAAGGUCUUGCCUUCAAUAAGAUUGUCCUUAGCCUGCCGGUGAACGUGAGAUGUUCCAAGACAGACAACGCAGAGUGGUCGAUUCAAGGGAUGACAGCGUUACCUCCGGAUAUAGAAAGACCCUAUAAAGCAGAGCCUUUGGUGUGUGGAGCUUCUUCCACUUCUCUGCGUGGAAAUGUGUCUCUCGAGCUGCUCCUGUGCUUCAUGGUUCUGGGCGGCACACUAAGCAUCACGAGCUUGUAA